AUGAAUCCAGAUGAUGUAUCUAAAAAAUUACAUGGGCUUACUGAGAUAGAAGAAAUAUUAAUCGCACAAAUUUUUUUUGUUAUUUUGGUGUAUUGUUUUUGUGAAAGUCAGUAUAUAUACCAUAGUAAUGUUAUCAACUUUCCACAAGAUGUAUUAAAGUUCAUAGCUAGACUUUUCUGGAAUCUAUCAUCAUUAGAUAUUCUUGUUGUAUAUCAUCA